AAAAAGAAAUGCUGCACUACUCGGACAAGAUUGACAAGAUGGUGAGGCGAGACCGCCAGAGUGUGGUUGUGCUAGCGUCUGUCGCGCUGGGGGGGGCGGCAUUGAUCAGUACAGUUUUCCUUAUGAAGGACAGAAUUGGCCAAAUGGCGAGGGGAAUCUACUACCGCUGGUGGAGUCACAGGGCCAGGGUGGAAUCGAUGUUGGAUUUCGUGUAUGGAAAUGGAGAGGAGGGUUCCCCGGAGAGCGUGUUGAAGGCGGUUGACAAGUGCGGUUGGAAUUACUCUCCGUUGAUGUGUGUUGGAGAUGUGAAGGGUCUAAUUCUUGACAAUAUAGUAAUUCACCACAAGCCUAAGGUGGUGGUCGAGUUGGGUGGUCAUUUUGGGUAUUCAGCAAUAAGGAUAGCGCGUCUGUUGGAUGAGGAUGCGAAGUUGUAUUCGAUAGAGAUAUCGCCACUGUGCGUGGCGAUAUCUAGAGAGCUGAUUCGCUUCGCGGGUCUGUCGAAUAAGUGUACGGUGGUGCUGAGCAGCUCGUCAAAGGCGAUAAUGGAGCUGAAGGAAAAGUAUGGCAUCGAGCAUGUGGACCUGCUGUUCAUAGACCACGUGGGGAAGUUGUAUUUGCCGGACUUGAGGCUCAUGGAAGAGGAGGGCCUGAUCAAGAGAGGGUCUGUCGUCGUGGCGGACAAGGUGCACUACAAUUUUGUGGUAGAUUACUUGGCGUACACAUCGAAUGAGAAUCGAAUCUACAAGUCAGCGCUGCAUGAGACGUACCUGCAGUACAGCACCAAGCUUAGGGACGCAAUUCAGGUAUCGGUUCAUAAUUGAUGACGUUUUUAAGUAGGCGGAACAGACGCAUACAUGAAUGUGUACGUCAAUUUGUGUGGGGGUUUACGGUACGUUUAUUUUGCGUGCUUGAGGCGGUGGUGGAGAAGACAGAAUGCGUGAGAAUGGGCGCUUAGGGUGCAUGCAGGGGGGUUUUGUUUGGGACGUUUUUUGACGAAAAAAAAGACAAAGGUGGUUGGAAUUCGAGAAGGGCGAGUUAGUGGUUGUUUUGAAUUGAUUGUGGUGCGGGUCUCGGGCGAAAAUGAGUUUGGGAAAGUUUUCGCAUUCCCGAGAGGGGAGAGGUGGCGUCCGUGUCGGAGGAGUUGUGUUGGAAUUUGACGGGGACGUGUGAGACGUGACAAACAAUAGAUUGACAUGUCUCAUUUCGUUUGGCGUCGCCAGAAGGGUGACUUCGCGCCGAAAGACGUGUUCCUUCCCCUCCCCCCUAGGCGUUACAUGGACACCCCGAAGUGCCUGAUUCGUUCCCCUUCCGAAGGCCCGUCAAAUUCCGACUCUAUACACAAACGCAACAAAGCUUUUUUUUUUUUUUCAGUAUGGAGGGUGCCAUUCAUGUCUACGGUUAUGCAGGUCGUGGAAGCGGAAGACGUCAAGCCGUCGCAAAAUAGUGAGGCGCCUAAGGAUUUCAAGUACUACUCUAACCUUACUGGAUACUGCGUGGCGAUUAACUAUGUAAUUGGGGUGGGCAUAUUGGAAAUUUCAUACGCGUUCAUGCGGGCGGGCCUGGUGCUCUCUACUUUGAUGAUGUUUGUGUCGACGGCAAUUUUGAUAGUGAGCGCGCUAUUUUUGGUGGAGGUACGCAGGCUACAGGGUGCCCAACUCUCGUUCCUAAAGCACAGCGCAAAGAUAAAAGUCGAGACAGGAUUGUGUCCUAUAGAAAGAAAGCCAUUUCACUAACAAGCAAACUUAAAAAAAACCCUGUGAGGUGGGUCCGGUGGUGAGUAGUCGCAAGCGAGAGUACAGGCGUUGUGUAGGAGAAGGAAUGUGAACGAAUACAUGUCCGAUGACGAUCCAAAUUUGUUCUUAUUGUCAAACAAAAAAUACGAAAUUAAUGAAAUGCUGGAUGUGGCUGUGGGCAAAUGGGCGUCAAACGCGUAUUCGACUAUUAUAUCUCUUUUCAUGUAUACUGCAUUGCUGAGCUACUCUACUGUCGUUGCGUCUAGUUUGGUGACCCUCGUUCCCUUCCCUGGUAUUACAACUGAGAUCUACUGUAAUGUGUACGCGUCACAAAUCGAACCGUCAUGUUUGCUGUCGUACAACUUGUACUUGGUGAUAUUUUUCCUGCUCGUCCUACCAAUCGCUUUUUUGGAAAUUAGUGAACAAAAGAUCCUCCAGAUAGCACUCACAAUCUUUCGUUUCGUCACUAUUUUUAUAAUCGUCAUCACUACAUUGAUAGCCCUCUUCGCUAUGCCCUACGGCUCGUUAUUCAUAGAUUCUAAACCUUACAGCAGCUUCACGGACUCAUUUGUCCCGUCUGGCAUCCCAAUUAUCUACGCAACGAUUGUGUUCGCUCAACUUUGUCACCACUCUGUUCCAGGUGUCAUUCAGCCUAUCAAAAAUAAACACCGGAUCCGCUGGGUCUUUCCAUUCGCUCUCUUUACGACCUUUCUCAUGUACGCCCUCGUCGGUCUUAUCACAUCGGCCUACUUCGGUACAAACGCAUUUCCCAUGAUCAACCUCAACUGGAUCACCUACACUGGUGCCGGUUUUAACGGACAAAACAUUCCCGUCUACGCAAGAAUUAUCUCCGCCGUCGUCGUCCUGUUUCCCAUCAUAGAUAUCGUAUCCGCAUACCCGCUUAACAGCGUCACCCUCUCGUCGAAUCUGUAUUCUGCCCUCCCCGCCAGCGUCCGCAUGCGCGACAGCAAACUCAUCAAAAUUGCCCUUCGACUCGUCGCCUCAAUACCGCCCAUCAUCUUAUCGUCUUUCAUCCGAGACCUAGGCGUUAUCGUGCAAAUCUCCAGCGUGUUCGGGUUUUUCAUCACCUUCUUCGCUCCUGCAAUCCUGCAACUCGCCACGAAAAAAAAGUGCCUCAAGGAAUUCGGCCGACAUAGUACCAUCUACAGCUUCAAGUUCCUCGACUAUGACUUUAUCUCCUACAUCAUACUGGCCCUCGGGAUCAUUUCCCCGAUCGUGCAAGUCAUCGUCAUCAUCCUCGAGAGACUAGGUAUUCUAAAAUAGCAACCACAAUAAAUCUGUCCCUUUUCACAUC